UCUUCCAGCCGCGCUCCCGGGCUCUGGAGCGCCCGGCUUGGUUGCCAUGGCGGCGGUUGCUGUGGUGAUGAAGUGGCAGCUGCUGCUGGUGCUCAGUGCAGCGGGGCUGGUGGCCAGUGGCACCCCGCAGCCUCCCAAUAUCCUGCUCCUGCUGAUGGACGACAUGGGAUGGGGUGACCUGGGGGUAUAUGGAGAGCCUUCCAGAGAGACCCCGAAUUUGGACCGGAUGGCCGCUGAGGGCAUGCUUUUCCCAAACUUCUACACAGCCAACCCCCUGUGCUCACCAUCCAGGGCGGCCCUGCUCACCGGACGUCUGCCCAUCCGCAACGGCUUCUACACCACCAACGCACAGGCCAGGAAUGCCUAUACACCUCAGGAGGUCGUGGGUGGCAUCCCAGACACUGAGCUCCUCCUGCCUAAGCUGCUGAAGGGCGCCGGCUAUGUCAGCAAGAUCGUGGGCAAGUGGCAUCUGGGCCACAGGCCUCAGUUCCACCCCCUGAAGCAUGGAUUUGAUGAGUGGUUUGGAUCCCCCAACUGUCACUUUGGACCUUAUGACAACAGGGACAGACCCAACAUCCCUGUGUACCGGGACUGGGAGAUGAUUGGCAGAUAUUAUGAAGAAUUUCCAAUUAAUAAAAAAUCUGGAGAAGCCAACCUGACUCAGAUCUACUUACAGGAGGCCCUGGAUUUCAUUAAGAGGCAGCAGGCAGCUCAGCGCCCCUUCUUCCUCUACUGGGCCAUCGACGCCACACAUGCACCUGUUUAUGCUUCUAAGCCUUUCUUAGGCACCAGUCAGCGAGGGCGGUACGGGGAUGCUGUCCGGGAAAUUGAUGACAGCGUGGGCAAAAUCCUGAACCUUCUUCGGGACCUGAGGAUCACAGAGAACACAUUUGUUUUCUUCACGUCUGACAAUGGUGCUGCCCUUGCUUCUGCUCCCAAACAAGGAGGCAGUAAUGGCCCCUUUCUGUGCGGGAAGCAGACCACAUUUGAAGGUGGGAUGAGGGAGCCUGCGAUUGUAUGGUGGCCCGGGCGCAUCCCUGCAGGCCAGGUGAACCACCAGCUGGGCAGCAUCAUGGACCUCUUCACCACUAGCCUGUCCCUCGCAGGCCUGGAGCCACCCAGUGACAGGGUGAUCGAUGGCCUCGACCUCCUCCCUGCCAUGCUGCAGGGCCAGCUGAUGGACAGGCCUAUAUUCUAUUACCGUGGCAACACACUGAUGGCAGUCACCCUUGGCCAGUACAAGGCCCACUUCUGGACCUGGACCAAUUCCUGGGAGGAGUUCAGACAGGGCAUUGACUUCUGCCCUGGACAGAAUGUCUCAGGAGUCACCACCCACACUCAGGAGGAGCACACGAAGCUACCCCUCGUCUUCCACCUGGGACAAGACCCAGGCGAGAGGUACCCCCUCAGCUUUGCCAGCACCGAGUACCUGAACGUCCUUCGCAGGAUCACCCCAGUUGUUCAGCAGCACCAGGAGGCCUUGGUCCCUGGACAGCCCCAGCUCAAUGUGUGUAACAAGGCGGUCAUGAACUGGGCACCUCCAGGCUGUGAAAAGUUAGGGAAGUGCCUGACACCCCCAGAGUCAGUUCCUGAGAAGUGCUCCUGGCCCCACUAGUACCUGCUCAUGCUCAGGCCAGGCCUAGGCCCUCCCACUGGCCCUGCAAGUGCCUGGGGGUAGGAAGGGUCUGGCUCCCACACUGGAAGAGUCUCAACUGCUCUCUGCCCAGCCCACCAUGAGGGAAGUCACCUGCAGCCAGCAGCAGGACCUGCAAGGCUAUACUACCUGGCCCUGGAGUCACUCCUCAGCCCUCCUGGCCCAUCUCAUCCUGCUGCCUUGAGCCUAAGGCUCUACAUCAAUCCCUGAGCUGCCUGCCAACAGGUCUCAAUACUCCCACCUGUCUCAUCCUCCCACUUGGCUCUUACCACCUUCAGGAGCUGGAGGGCAUGACUCUCAAUGGAUGCCCUUGGCUGUCCCCUCAAGCACUUCAGCCCUAGUGUCAAAGGAGGCUGUUCCAAUCCUUUGUUGAGCCCCUUGGCAUUGCCCAAAAGGGGCACUCCGGCCCCACCUCCCUGUACCACACCACCUGGAGGGAGAGGAGGCAGGGGGCCUCCCUGACCUGGAUCCUCCAUAGCCAAGGCCUCCCCUGCCCAGUGGGCACAGCUGCUGCUGCUGCUUCCCUGGAACAUGAGGAUGUCAGCAUCCUUGAUUUUCCUCCUUUCUUAGGGAUCUACACCUCUAACCCCGGCACACUGUGAGGUGUGUCUGUGCCUCACAACCAUCCUAACUGCCCUCCUCCCCUUGGCACCUGUUGU